AUAACAGUGUGGUGCAGAGUACGGUAGGAGUUAUUGGCCAAGCUAAACGCUUCUAUACGCGCGGCCAAGCUCGCUUCAGACAAAGCUUCUCUUUUUUGGAUUUGCCAUCUCUCCCUCUUCUCCCCGCGGAGGAGAGAGAGAGAGACUUUGAAGAGUCCAUAUUUUACGUGCGAGCAAAAAUAGCAUUCCCAAGCAACGAAUAAAUUCUCUUCUUCUGUCUUCUAGGGUUUGCGUUCCCGCCAUUGUCGACCUUGCUCGCUGCCGCUCCUUCCCCCUGUUCUGCACUGGCAUUGCUCUGAGAUCAUCUGUAUUUCCCUAUUUGAUUUCAAAUUUCGGAUUUAUUCCCCUUUUAAUAGGAUUCUGAUUGGUCUAUUGGUCUAUCCUUUUUCUUUUGGUUUAAGAUAUACCAUAUCCUGCUCUCAAUGGUAUGCUCGUUUGGGAGUGGGAGAAUGGCAGUCAUUGCAAGGCUUCUGGCUGCUGGCAGGUUCUCCCAAACUAGGGCAGAGGAGAUUGGCCAUCAGAAGUCAGCUGCUGAAUACGUUUUCAGAGAUCUGCGAGAUGCAGAUGAAGCAAAUUUGCUUGAUGAAGAAGGUGUCCACCUUCAUUAUACUCAUCGUUUUAGUUUUGGCUUGAUUUGAUUACUGAAUAAAGGCAAUUUCUGUCAAUGCAUUGCUCAGACGUUUCUCUUUAAAAUUGAAUAAAUGAUUAUAUGACCAUUUAUUUUGUUGAAAAUAGGCUUCUUCAAUGCGCCAUUGGUAGUUGUGGCUGCACUAGCUUGUUUUGUAUAUUCUAUUUUGCUAUCCUGCUUCUAUUUUUGCCUUUGGUUAAAUUUUUUAUGAAUAACACUUAAAACAUGCAUCACUUUGCCAUUCUAUUUUGUCUCCUUUUUGUUUAUUUGAAUUUUUGUGUAUAACAUGCAGACUUCUAUAAUGUUGGACAGCCCUGGUGAUUAAUUGUAGACUAUCUCUUACUUUAACAAGAUUUUAUAACUCAUGAGUAUAGGAACUUCAUUAUUAAAAAAAAAAUUAAUUCACAAUGUGAAAUUAGAAGAUACUGAUGAUAAAACCAAUAUUCUUAAAUUAACCCACACAGAUGUACAUCCCCCUUUUGUGAGUCAUAGAAGUACUAUUGUCUUGGAUUGGAAAGAAAUUGUGGUGGACUUGUUUUAAGGAGCAAAAGUUUUCUAGGUGUCAUCUCAUACUUCAAUACAUCUGUUUGAAUCUUAGUAUAGUCUAUUAGCCCUUUGUAUCCCUAUUUACAGAGCUACAGGAGCCCAUUUAUUAUCAUCCCUUCUUAUGGCCUAGUGAAAUCAAGAAACUGUAAAACUUGGUUUUCUGCACUGCUAUAAAAAAUGGUUAUAUAUAUAUAUAUAUAUAUUCUAUAUUUCACUUAGCUUACAGCUUUGCACCUGAAACUUUCUCACUAAAUUGAUACUGAACUCUCUUAGAAGAAAUUUCACAUCAACACUGAUGCUUAGAGAAAUAAUAAAUGGUCCCAAAGCUCAAAUUUAUGUGCAACAGGCAUACCUUAAGAAAUGCCUGUUUAAUUUGUUACAUUCAUAUUUGUCAAAUAGUGAUAGAUAUUUGAAUUGGAGAGUGUAUUUUUGAAUUGCAAGUCAUAGCAUGCAUUGAAUCAUAAGAUUCUGCAACAAUUAAAAAAUAACUUCAUGUAUGAAAUAUGACAUGUUUUAAUCCUUAAGAUAUGCAUGAAACACUCAAGAUAGUAAAUCUAACCAAAAAGAUAAGAAAAAUUCUUUAACAUAGGUCAUGGGUUAGCUUAUUAGUCGUAAAUUCGUAAGUAAUUAAUUCUUGAAAUCAUCUCAAGUAAUAUAUUGAUUUGCUUUUUUUUUUUUUAAUUUCAAGAUAUAAGCCAACACUUAACAACAUUACGGCAAGCCAAACCAACACCAACUCACUGUUUUGAUGCAAUUUUGAAUUGUAAAAUUGUGCUUCUGUGUAUUGAUUUGAAUUGCUCAUUUAUGGUUAAUUCAAUCAUCAAUUCAUUUCAUUGCCUUUAAGAUUCAUUAUGAAUCUAAGGUUUGGAUUGUGAAUUGCUCUAUGCUGAUAACUUUGGUUAUAUUCUCAAUAGCUCAAGGUACUGCCCUUCAAUUCUUUCACAUUGUCACUUUAGAACUUGAGAAGGAGGAACUAGUUAUGUCCCUCAAUCUGAACUCGUUGAAUUAAAAUAUGGGAUAUUUAUGCCUGUCUUUUGUUUCUCCUUUUUUUAGUUUUCAGCUUUUCACACUACUGCUUAGUGUAUUUUCUAUUGCAGAUAUGCAUGUGUAUGGUUUGAGACCUAUGUCUGAUCCCUUGCAGCUGUUGGAGUAAAGGAUAUGAUAAUCAAAUCUGCAUUUGUGUGCAUGCACCAUGUAGGGAAUGGGGCAGAGUACUUACUGCAUUCUUUAAGCUCUGUAUGUUGCAAUGCUUGCAAGAAGCCCAUCCAGGCCAGCCAAUAUGCUGCUCAUGCAGAACUUUGUAGGUCAUUAAAGUAUGCAGAACAAACCAUUUUGGAGGUUGAUGGCAGCAUGGGCUAUCGAAAGCCCCCCAAGAAAAGAAAAGAAAAAGUUAUCAUCAACUUCUUGUGCUAAUCAAGCUCCAGCAGUUGGGGAGGAGGGAAGGGCUGAGGCUGUGGAUUCUAUUGAUGCCGCUGUGCCACCAUCCCAUAUGAAUGAUCAAAUUAGAGUCACUUGCUAUUCCAACGAUGGUAAAGAUGCAGCAUCUAUGAUGGAUGGUACGGGAUUUAAACUUGGAAAUAGAGAUCACCCAGCUUCUGUAAUGCAACCUCCAACAAAACGUCGUAAAUUGAUUAGUGGAGUACAUUCACCUCUACCAGAAAGUCCUGCAACAGAAUCUAGAAUAACAAGACCAGCUAGCUUUGCAAAUAAAAAUACUUGCAAAGGUGGGGAUAUGUUGGAAAGAACUGUCUCUGAAAAUGGAGAUCCAAGCCAUAAAAAUUUUGGGCUUGUCCUAGAGCAACACCUUACAAAGAGAGACGGUCCUGCACCCCUUGCUACCAAGGUGUAUUAUUCACAAAGGAACAAUCGUCUGCGUGCAGCUCUUCGUCAUCUUUAUUUUCAGGAAUCAAGCAAUGAAUUAUGUACAGAUAUUGCCAGUCCAAAGUCCUCAAAUGAAACGUUAGCGUUCCAAGAUUCACAUCAUAUAGACCCUUCAUUUGGACAAAAGGAUGAUGAUAACACGGAGUGCCUCUUGCCAAAUUUGAGCUCAGUGCGAAGUCCUAAUCAUAUUCUUGCGAAAAGUUCAGACAUUUGCAUGCGUAAGGCAGAAGACCUACCGGCUAGCAACUUGCCAAAUCAAUUUGUUGUUAAUGUUUCAAGGCCUGCAGCUCCUCAUCUUGGUUUGACAAGAAGCAGCUUUCUUCCAAAGCCUUAUUCUUUUGCAAGCAACACAGGAAAUCCAAUGAGAACAAUUCAGCAAUCAAAGGGGAGUGUUCCUGUUUAUAGUAAUCUUGGAGGGAUUUAUUUUUUUCCCCUAGGUGAAAUUAUAGUUCAAUUAAUACUCGAGGUUAGGAUUUAGCAUCCCUUUUUUCGAAGCUGAUAAAGCAAUUUUCUCAAAUUGUUUAUUCUAUCAGUGUCAUCUGCUUUGUAAAUGAACUCUGAUCUCUGCUAUGUAUAGAAUGAAAGUUCGGAAAUUUUAGUUC